UCGAGGCCACAACAACGACGAGUUCUCGUCACAAGCUACCUUGACUCAAUCUUCUCCACAGCCAACAGCCAUGGAGGCCAUGGCAUCAUCAGCAAACCUUUUUUUCUACGCUGCGCUGCUUUUUCUGGCGGUAUUGUAUCUCGCCAUCACCCGACGCCGCACCAGCCGCUUGCCGCCCGGGCCGACGGGCCUCCCACUGGUGGGCAGUCUCCCGUUCAUCCACCCGAACCUACACGUCUGCUUCGCUGGCCUCGCCGCGAAGCAUGGACCUAUCUUCUCGAUCCGUCUGGGCUCCAAGGUGGAAAUCGUGGUCACCUCCCCGGAGUUGGCACACGAGGUCCUCCGGGACAAGGACCCUGUCUUCUCCAACCGCGUCAUUCCCGAGGCCGGCCGCGCUGUCUCGUUUGACGGCGUGGAGAAUAUCGUGGGCGCCCCCGUCGGCCCAAAGUGGCGCCUGCUCCGACGCAUCUGCGCGCACGAGAUGCUGAGCCCCACAGGUCUCGACAACCUGUACGGCCUUCGCAGGCGCGAGUUCAUGUCUACUCUGAGCUUCCUAUACUCUCAGGCCGGAGAGCCGGUCGACAUCGGCGCCCAGAUGUUCGUCAAUAUGUUGAACGUGGUCACGAGCACCCUUUGGGGUGGCACCAUCGGGAGCGAGAGCGAGCGGGCUGCGGUGGGAAAAGAGUUCAGGGGGCUCAUCGCCAAGUUGACUGAGCUGCUCGGCUCGCCCAACUUGUCGGAUUUCUUCCCUGUGCUGGCGCCGUUCGACCUGCAGGGCAUCCGGAGGAACAUGGAGCGGAUCAGGGUGCGGUUCGACAAGAUCUUCGAGAAGAUCAUACAGCAGCGGGUGAAAGGCCAGCAAGAUGGCAGCAAGAUGGCGACUGACUUCCUUGAGUGCCUGCUCAAGACGGAGAAGGAAGGCGGGGACGGCAAGGCCACCUUCACCAUGACUGACGUCAAGUCUCUCCUCAUGGACAUGGUGGUCGCCGGGACGGAGACCAUGUCAAAUACCGUGGAGUGGGCCAUUGCAGAGAUGAUACAGAAGCCUCAGGUUCUAAGGAAAGUGCAAGAGGAGCUCGACAGGGUGGUCGGUCGGGAGGCCAUCGUGGAGGAGUCCCACCUUCCUCAGCUCCACUACCUCCGCAUGGUGAUCAAGGAGACGCUCAGGCUCCACCCGGCGCUGCCCCUCAUGGUGCCGCACUCCCCGAGCGUGGACUCGACGAUUGGCGGGUACCACGUCCCAGCGGGCUGCCGUAUCUUUGUCAACGUCUGGGCCAUCCACAGGAACCCCCUGGUUUGGAACGAGCCUCUCGAGUUCAACCCUGACAGAUUCGCUGGGGACGCCGGCCGCAGGUGGGACUUCACGGGAAGCCAGUUCGACUAUUUCCCCUUCGGCUCCGGGAGGAGGAUCUGCGCCGGUAUCGCCAUGGCUGACAAGAUGACUGCCUACUCGCUGGCCAUGCUGCUGCAAGCUUUUGAUUGGACACUGCCGCCGGGAACCGAUCUUGACCUGUCCGAGAAGUUCGGAGUCGUGAUGAAGAAGGCUACGCCACUGGUGACUAUUCCUAAGCCAAGGUUGUCUAAGCCUCAUCUGUAUUAUUCGUGAAGACAUCCUUAGCCUGGACACAAAUAAAUGCGUAAUACAUCGUAAUGUUGUACUUAAAUAUUAUAUUAUUGUAAACGAUUCGCGGUAUCACCGGAAACGUCCUAUCUUGUGCAGCCGUUUUGCUUAUAAAUCAUAUUCGAUGCUCCUGCAUGUACCAUAUAAGUAUUUCAAAAAAUAUACAGUGGAUAAAUGUAUGACCCACAGCGAAUCGAAAUUGUUUGUUCUGCUA